AUGGAUAGACAAAAUAUGUUCCUUGAACGUAUAUUUAACGAAAAGCAGGCCGCUGAGAAACGGCCUCGUGCUAUUGACACGUCGAUCUACACGAAGCCGAAAAUGACGAACUAUCUGCUCCAAAGCGAGCCAAAACCGCCCCAAAGUCUGGGCUAGAUUCUGAUGGCAAUGACCGUCCAUGUAUAGCUCAACAAAGUUCUGACCACGAUACAGAAGUGUGCGAAGAUCCUCCCAAGGCAGAGCACGAUAAACAUGCCGAUGCAUUGAGUUUGUUUGGAGGGCCAGAAUUCGCGGACGAGAUUGAUGACCUCGAUAAUGACAUUCUCCUCUCAAAUAUUGCACUAAAUUUAUCAUCUACAGAGCAAACUGGCCCUCCAAUUUCAGAGCAUCUUGCCAAAAUAAUAAACUCAAAGUUAGCGAACGAACUUGAUAUUACAAAACUGAAGGAAAUUUUAAGCAGAUAUCAAAGGCCACAAAAUUGUGAGGAAAUAUAUGUGCCUAAAGUUAAUCCGGAAAUAUGGCAGAAACUCAAGCCAUACGCCAAAAAAUCGGACAUUAAACUGGCAAACUUACAAGAUACUAUUAUAAAAGGAUUGUCUAGUUUGGCCACGUCUAUGAACACGCUAUUAGAAUGCCGGGAAACGAAAACUAUUCCCGACUACAAAGCCAUCAUUCCGCAAAUGCUGGACACAACGGCCUUAUUUGGCCAUCUAUGGAACGAAAUUUCCUAUAAGCGCAAACACGCUAUACGUCCUAUCCUUCACCCUGACUUUAAGCCAUUGUGCUCAAGGAGCCACAAAGUUGGCCCUUUAUUGUUUGGUGAAGAUUUAGCCAAAACGGCUCAGGAU